UUUCGUCGACGCUUGUUGGAUUUUACUCAACCAGCGAAUAUUCCUAACCUUAACAGAGAGAGAGAGAGAUAGAGAGAGAGAGAGAGAGGGGAAGCAGCAGAAGCAACCCUAGUUUUCGGAGUUUUUUUAUUUCUCCAUGUAGCUAAAGCUGAUUGAGAGUCUUGAAAUUUUUGAAAAACCCAGAAGAGAAAAAGCCCUAAUUUGUUGAUUUGGAGAUCAGAAAUUGGGUUAGGAGCUGAGCUGAUUAAGUGUUGGAUUUUUUAUUGAAAGACCCAGAGAGAAAAAAGCCCUAAUUCUUUGAUUUGGAGAUCAGAAAUUGGGUUAGGAGCUCACCUGAUUGAGUGUUGGAAUUUUUAUUGAAAGACCCAGAAGAGAAAAACCCCAAUUUGUGGAUUUUGGGGAUCAGAAAUUGGAUUAGGAGAGCUGAUUGAUUGUUGAAAUUUAUUGAAAGACACAGAAGAGAAAAGGCAUUUUUUUUUUUGGUUUUGGGGAUCAGAAGUUAAGGGAGGGUUCAUUAGGAAUGGAGAAGAGGGAGGGAGAUAUUGCUUCCGGUAUCAAGGGAUCGAAAUUCCCUUUAACGUUUUGGGAGACGACGAUAGGUUUGGGUGUCAUUGCUAGUUUCGUUUUGGGGCUUCUUGGUGUUUAUUACACAAUGCCUGCCUCCGAUUAUGGCUUCCUCAAGUUGCCUCGCAGUCUUGAAGAUCUCCAAAUUCUCAGGGAUCACCUUGAGAGUUACACUAGCGAUUACACGAUACAGGUCCUUGUGGGGUACUUCACAGUCUACAUUUUCAUGCAAACUUUCAUGAUUCCAGGAACUGUCUUCAUGUCUUUGCUUGCUGGAGCUCUUUUCGGAGUCUUCAAAGGUGUAGCUCUUGUUGUCUUUGCUUCCACUGCUGGUGCUUCUUCUUGCUAUUUUCUAUCAAAAUUGAUAGGGAAGCCCCUGGUCUUCUCUCUUUGGCCAGACAAAUUGAGUUUUUUUCAAGCCCAGGUAGCUAAAAGAAAGGGUAGUCUACUCAAUUACAUGCUUUUCUUAAGGCUGACACCUACCUUGCCCAACACAUUCAUCAACGUCGCAUCACCAAUCGUAAAUGUGCCUUACCAUACGUUCUUCCUCGGAACAUUCAUCGGACUCAUUCCAGCUGCUUAUCUCACUGUCAGGGCUGGAAUAGCUCUCGGGGAGUUACGUUCGCUGGGUGACCUUUACGAUUUCCAGGCAAUUGGUACCCUUUUUUUUAUUGGGAUUGUCUCCGUCACCCCUACACUGAUGACCAAGAGCAAUACUUGAGUACUCGCGAUGGAAACUCAGCUACUAGUCCUUUGUGAAACCAAUCCACAGCCAACCCAUAAGGUACCUCCAAAUCUGUACAGAUACGAAUCGAAUAAAAAAGAAAUUCAUAGCUCCAUCCCUUGGUUGUGGCUUGGAAAUCUUCCGCGGAAGUGAUGGCCUGAAAUGUGUUCUGCGAAAAGGUUGCGGGGAAUUGUUCCUGGUCUCAGCUUUUCAAUUAUCUUGUUGACAUUGUCAAUUAUCUAAAUGUGCUCAAGUGUUUAAAAAAAAUGUAAUUCGUGUUACUAAGAUCUCAAUAGGCUAUGCAUUUCAUAGCAAAUAUAUAGUUCUGAGAUUUGAGUGUACGGUUCUUUUGGGAAUCUAAUGCCCAUAAUCCUUGAAAACUAGUCCUAUAUGAAUGAGAAGGUGGUCUUUGCUGGAAUAUUUGUUGGGCAGAAUUGUAUGUAGAGUUGAAUUGUACCUUCUUUGUCAAUGCAGCAGUGUACUGUACCCACCC